UAUGUGCAAUCUCCGGAGGCAACAAUGGACAAAAUUUUGAAUGUUUUGCAAAAAAUGCAACGACUCGAUAUAAUAAAUCAGAUUAAGGAUUACGUAUACAAUCUAGUCGAUGUUGCGUUGCAACAUGCCAUGAGUCAUGAUGGUAAAAAAAAGAUCUAAAAUAAUUCGACCUGGACAUAUACCAAAAGCACCAUUAGUUUUAAGCCCCAUUUCAACAGUGGAAUACAAAACCGAAAUGAAAGAAAGCGAAUCAAUGUUUAUACCACAAGACAAUCAGCAGAAGAAGCAUGAACAAACAUAUGGCUGUAUAGUUAUGCUGACUUUUGCCGACGAUGGUUUAUCAACUGCUGAGAGUAUCACAAACAUAUUUAGAUCCAAACAGCCGCGAAUCGGCGUACUUAUAUUGCAAGAACAAGAAAAACACGUUUAUAGUCGAGCUGAAGAAUUCAUAGACGAUUGUUUUAAACAGGUUGAUUACGUUAUACCAAUUCUGACAAAAGAAUACAUUGAAAGAAUCAAUAAUCCAGUAAAAACGUACGAACAGAUGCAUAACAAUUUAAAUAGCAAAUACUUGAAGUACAUAUAUUCCUUACUGAGAUACGAAUAUGUAAGAAAUCAAUGCUGCAACAAUCGUGUAAGAUGCAUUGUGCCUGAUAAAGAUGUUUGUACGAUUGUACGAGCAAGUCUGCAUCCCACAUUGCAAGCGUGGUUUCGUGAAAGUGAUAUCGACGGUUUUGUGAACAAUAUUCUCUUCCAUAAAUUUAAUGUAAAAAGAUCAUGAGUGCUUAAACGAAAA